CUUUCUUCUUCAGAUGAAGAAUCGAUUGAUGACGAUGGUGAAAAUUUUCGCUCUCUAAUUAAAAUGUUGUAUGAUAAAUUCAACGAUAAAGAAACUGAUAAGUCUUUGAAAAUACAAAUUUUAACAUUAUUACCUGUAAAAUGGAGUGAGAGACGUAUUUGUGAAACUAUGAAUACAUCAAGACAUUUGUCAAGAGUAGCAAAAAAUUUGGUUGAAGAAACGGGUUUACUUUCUACACCUGAAUCGAAAUUAGGGAGGACAAUUACUGAUCAGGUAAAAUUAAAAGUUGAAAAUUUUUACAACGAUGAUGAGUAUAGUGCUCAAAUGCCCGGUAUGAAAGACUUUGUAUCAAUUCGAAGUGAUGAUGGUAAUCGGAUACACGUCCAAAAAAGACUUAUCCUGUCUAACUUAAAAGAAUUAUACCAAUGUUUCUGUGAAAUAAAUUCUGCUGAGAGAAUUGGAUUUUCAAAAUUCGCUUCUUUGCGACCAAAACAUUGUGUGUUAGCAGGGGCAAGUGGAACACACACCAUCUGCGUGUGUACGAUUCAUCAAAACGUGAAGUUAAUGAUGCUUGGUAAUUAUCAAAUUAAUUAAUAAUUAUAAAUGCGUGAAUUUUAAGUUUACUAAAUUACUGUUA